GUAGGUAUCGGUUGUUUGCGAUUGUUGCGUGAAGGUAUUUUGCGAACAACUGUAAUAAUUAAGAUUUGGGAAAAUGUGUGCUGUUUCAUGUGUUUUUGAGUGUGACGUCGUCUCUUCUUUCGUCAGUGUUGGAUGUUUAUUUCGUCACUAGUUAAGGUUAAAGUUUUUCCUAUUAUGGCUGUCUAAGUGAAAUUAAUAUCCCUUGCCCCAGGUGGGGUAAGGGGAGUGAGAAGGCAACUUGCUAUGCCAACUGCUGGAGGUUGAAUGUACUGAGGGAACUGUACCUGAAGGAGGAUUGUUUCAGCUGUGAUCUAAGAAGAAGCAUUGUAUAUUAAAAGUGUGUAGAAGAUUGUUGGUGUAUGAAAUCAUAUCAAACAUCACCUGGCCGAAGAGAUUAUCAGCAGAAAUCGUCAAAUUUUUUAAAGUGUUUAAUGCGCUGGAUUUUGAUUUGAUGGCAUGUGAAAGACUGAUUUUUGCAGGGGUGCCUAUACCAAUGCACAAACCCCAAUUUGUAUAGCUUUGUACAUAGAAGUCAAUAGAGGAUUAUUUAUAUUCUAUUUUUCUAUAUAAAUGUCUGUUUUGUAGUAUAUACAGGUGGCAAGAAAGGAAAAGAAUUUCAUUUGUUCCUUUAACAUGGAACUUCUCUCAAUUUAUUACACCUGUAGUCAGAUAGUAACAUGAAAUUAGUUAUGACAAUUCCAGAUGCCAAAUACUUCCUACACAUGCUUAAUAGUAUGUCCAUCUGUUAUCAUGGAAGCUAAGUUUGAUAGGUGCUGUGAAGGGAACCCCUGCUCUACCUGUGACAGAUGAAAAUUAACAAAGGACUAACACAUACAUGAGUUUUUCACAGACAGCAUCCAUCUCUUGGAAGCUAAUUCAGAAGAUAAGUUAACAGAAUAUAAGAAAAAUCUCAACAUUUAGUUUGAAGCAGAAACAUUGCACAACACUUGGCAAUAUAUACAAGGCAUGAUUUGCGGCACUAGCUGUUUGAGGAAGACUCCUGUGGUGAAUGUGUGUUAACAGACCAAGGCCUAAUUGAAAACACAUUUCUCAAAAUCGCAUUGGUUGGCUUACUUGGUUGGAAAGAAAAGAGAAGAAAUGAAUGGGAUUGAACGUGAGUGUGUUGUGGGAAGAUGUACCUCACUGCAACAUGGAGGCCAAUUGGCCGCAGUUGCUACCAUGAGGGCAGGACAGCCCCUCCUGGCAGCAUACAUGCGAUGGCUUUGUGGUACAUGUGGGCGUGCAACUGAUUCCUCAGGACACACGGCACUGCAUCUAGCAGCAUCAUGUGGCCAUGGAGCUGUUGUCCGGUGGUUGAUUCGACAUGCAGAUGCCAGUAUUGAUGUUCGUGAUAUAGAGUCUGGUUAUACUGCUCUUCACCGCAGCAUUUUUUAUGGCCAGAUUCAUGUAGCAGCUGAUCUAAUAAAGAUGGGAGCAAGUACGACAGUGAGAGAUCAUGAUGGACUGACUCCAGUAGAUCAUGCUAUGAAGGAUCGUCCACCAGUUGUUGAAUUUAAUGCCCGCAACCCCUGUGAAGUUUAUGUAUGGGGAACGAACAGUAAUUACAGCCUAGGCACUGGGAAUGAACAAAGUCGCUCACAACCAGAGCUACUGGAUGCCUUCAGAAAGCAGGGGAUUAGUAUCAAACAGGUGGCAAUGCACAAGUUCCACUCCGUAUUUGUGACCCAUGAUGGAAGAGUGUUUUCGUGUGGCCAUGGGCAGGGUGGAAGACUGGGUCUGAGUUCAGAAGUAGCUACUCUCACACCUCAUGCAGUGCGCCUGCAGAGCCCUGGCAGUCACAGUCCUGACGGACCUGCUGUUUCGUGCACCAUGGCCUGCGUAGGACGGGAUCACACUGUCUUUCUCAUGGAGAAUGGGACAGUAUGGUCAUGUGGUCUCAACUCACAUCAUCAGUUGGGUCACUCACCACCCCCUGCAAGCCUCUUGUUACCUCGCCAGUUGACACCACGCUCUGUACAUGCUGCUGGAGAUUCAGUUCUUGGAAUCUGUGCUUCUCGUUUCCACACUGUUAUUUGGGGCCAUCGAGCUGUGCUCACCUGUGGUCUGAAUGCAGGGCAGCUGGGUCAUUCAAAGGGCCCUAGCUCUACCAUAAUUUUACCCAGACAAGUGUCUGCACUCAGUCAUAAGGGUGGACAGAUACUACAAGUGGCAGCUAGUGAUGGCGCUACUGUUGUGGCUGUAGAACGAGGCAUAGCAGCAGGGGGAACCACUACUGCCCUGGGUGCUGAUAUCUAUCUGCUGCACAAGUUUGAGUGCCAAAAAAUUGCAACCAGACAAGUAGGUGUAGUACAGCUGGCUGUUGUUGGAGGACAUCUUGAUACAACGAUGCUGGAUCGAGAUCAACAGGGCAAUGCUGAAAGUAGGGAGGAAGAACAACAGCUUCGAGUGUUGAUAUUGGACAACAGAGGUGAACUCUUCCUAUGGCAGAACAGUGCCAUCCAACAGCUUACAAGGUGUACAUUUUCACUGGGGAGACCUCUGGUGUUGACUGCAGUGGCUGCUCAGACUCGUGGGCAGCUGCUCCUGAUCACUCAAGAUGGUGAGGCAUUUCAGGGGGAAGUCAAGGUUCAACGACCAAGUGCAAAGCUGACAACAGUGCAGAUCAAGCGUGUUCCUCACAUCCACCGAGCUGUUGCUGUUACAUCUGACCCUAAAGGAAGGAAUUUUGCUAUUAUACAGGCUCAUCCAAUAGCUUGUCUGCUUGAAGUGCCACAGAUGGAAACAUCAGACAUGAAACAGCACCUAAACAGUCUGCUACAAGAAGCUAGUGAAGAUGAUUGUAUUCAUGAUAUUGUGUUUCAGGUUGGCACAGCAAGAUUCCCAGCUCAUCGAUACAUUGUGGCAAGUCGUUGCGAGCUGUUGGCAAAACGUAUAAUGGAACAUAGCGGUGGUUGUAGUAUUCCUGAGAUAGAAUUGAAUGACGUAAGGGCUGAUGUUUUCAGACAGGUGUUGCAGUUUAUCUACACAAAUGACUGCUCCAUGCUUCGGACUGGAGAAUGCCCCAUCAAAAUGAUGUCCCAAGAUGACACAGAUAACAAUGGAGUUCAAGAGGAUGGCCUUGAUAAAAUUUCUGGAUUAAAGGACCCCAGUUCCAUAUCUGCAUUUGAAGUCUAUAGCAUGAGGAACCACCAACACAGCACUAACAACAAUAUAGACAACACCAAGGAGAAGGCUGUGACAAAUACCACCAGCAAUCCUGUUCGAUUAGUUCAAGAAGCUGCCAGAAAAUUUGGAUUAACAGUGCUUAGCUCUGAGCUGGAAAAAAUCAGGUAUGAGGAUGGUCACAUUAUGAUGAAACAAGGCUGUCGACUUUCGUGCCUCAGUGCCCCAUCCAUGAAGAGAGAGGAUUUUCAGAACUUGUAUGAUGUGAGGAUCCGCAGCGAAGAUGGGCAGGAGCUCCUUGCCCACAAAUGUGUACUCAUUGCAAGAUUAGACUACUUCCGUAGCAUGUUGUCUGGUAGAUGGAUUGAGAUGACUGGUAAUAAUAAUAAUUGCGUAAUGAACCUUCCGCUGCCCUAUGCAGUCCUGGAACUUCUGCUGGAUUUCCUGUAUACUGACACUGCACCAACUGUUCUGACAUCCAAGGAUCUCGAAUUUUUGAGCAAUGUAUUGGUAGUAGCAGAUCAGCUGUUUGUGGUACGACUCAAAGAAGCAGCUGAGGUUGCACUGGCAAACUCUCUGACUUUACGCAAUGUAGGAGAAGUGCUACAGCUCUCGGGAACUUACAAUGCGGACCAACUUAAGCAUUGUUGCUUCCAGUACAUAUCGGUCAACCUGUCAGCAAUUCUUGAAGCUAGAAUCUUGGAAUCUGUGAGUAGACAGUUGUUGGAAGACUUGACCAAGUACUACCAUGAAUUCAUCCCAGCCAUGAGGAGCCGAAUUGUUACACCAUAUUCCAGUGCCCCAAGCCAUGAGCUACUGAAGGUGAUCAAUGAUGCAUACCCCAUCUCUCCUUGGGAUGAAGAUGAUAGCAACUUAAAUGAUGAAGAUUCUGCCUUAUUGAAGAAAUGCUUUAAAACUGUGAAGAAGAAGAUCCGAUCUCGCAAGAUUAGUACAGGGGAAGGAGGCAGCAACAAAGUAGCAAAUUCACGAACCUGCAAUGAAUCAUUGGGCUCCAGUAACUCCUGGGGUGAUGAGAUGCCUGAAGAUCACCAAGAAUUAGAUAUGAAUGAACUGACUGAGAAGCAAGGAAAGAACCAGGGUAUAAACCAGUUGGAGGAGGACAUCACUUUGUCUCUAAGUAACCUGAUGCUUUCUAAAAGUCCUGAUACAAACCCUCCUCCCACUCCUCCAAAAACUGAAUCUCCAUGGGUCAAGAUUAGACACAAUUAUGACAGACAACAACGGAUUGUACAGACUCGACUGAGGGUUGUUUCAGCUGCUAAAGAAAUACCUGUCCAACCUAUUCCCGACUCUUUCACUAAAUUGGUCCCCAUGUCUCAGCAGCAACAAUGCAGAAGUGAGGUGGAUGUAUCUUCUCCUGUCAAUGUAGUAAAUAUGACAGCAACAGAUUUUCCUGAACUUCAGAGAUCUUCCCCUCCAAAUCAUCAUGAUCACAAUAAAAUUCCAGGAUCAAAACACAGUGACACAAAGAAGAUAACAAAAUUAUCUCAAAAGCAACGCAAGAAACUUGCAGCUGAGCAGCAGGUUGGAUCUCCAGAAAUGUCAACUUUUGAAUCUGUACAGUCAGCACCAGCUUGGGGGAGCUUUUCUAGAAGUGACGCAUCAGCCAGUGGGAACGUGUCUUUACUGGAUAUCAUGAAGCAGGAGAUGCAGCUGACGAGAACCCCCCACAGCACCACACCCAUGCAGCAGCAGCAGCAGCACCAGCUAAGUACUUCACCAGGGCCUGGAUCCAAUCCAUGGCUUCGAGGGGCAGAGGACAGCAGGAAAUCACCACAGCAACACUAUGAAAGUUCUGUUGUGAACUUUAUGGAUAUAGUGGCUGAUGAGAAGAAGCAGAGGGAGAACUGGAGUCGGAUGAGAGCCAAACCCUUGCAUUUAACUCAGUUGGAAGACAAAGCAAUAGAAGACUUACUGGUAUUCUACAAUGCAGCUGGAGUAACAGAAGAACAUAUUACAGUAAAGCGUGUCAUUACUGGAACUGUGGCCCCACCUACCUGGACCACUUCACACCACUAGUGUAAAUGUUUGUGGGAAUGCUUCUGCUACGAAUUAUUAUACAGCACUAUACAGGAUUUGUUUCUAUGUAUUGAGUGAUUACAUUGUAAAUCCUCAUUUAUCCAAAGUGGUGAUAGGAAACUGUGAAGCUUUGUAGUGUGAUGUAAUAAUGUUUAACUCAGUUAUGUCUUUUUAAUUUUUGUUUAAAAAUUUCAUUUUUCUGGAAAACCUAUACUAAUACAAUAUAUUGUUUAUUAAAGAAAUGUAUUAAAAGCAAGGUGUAGCAAAGAUUAACUCUGCCAACGUUGAGAAGAUGGAAUGUCAUUUUAUGUUUAUUCAAAUGCAGUCAUUAAGUAACUGAUUUAUUGAUGAAGAAGGUAUGAAAGUUCUUAGAAAAUGAUAAGGUUUUCAUACAUGCUGUAAAUUCUCUCUCUGUAUAGUGUUUAGGAAAGAAAAUGUGAUAAAUUUGUAGCAUAUCAUUUGUGUAAAUUUCAAUAGUAAUCAGCAUACUACAAUAGAAUCCAAGUUUAAUGUUUCCUCUCAUCCAGCAUUCAGUUUCACUGUUCCCAAAACCCACGUUCACUGUAAUGGGAAGUUUCAACUGCUAUUCAUGUUGUAUACAAAAAGAAAUAUGUUUGCUCUGAAGUCUGAUCUCUGCUAUAUGUAAUUCUGUACUACUGUAUAUCUUGUUUGUUUUAUAUUUUAUUUUUAGUCACUGGGUAUUAAUAUGAGUUGUUGAGUUGUGGCAUAUAUUCAAGGUUCAAACAUUCACCCAACUGCCUUAGGUGAAAUAUUUACCAAAUUCAGUGGAGGUAACACACCUAGAUAUAUAUUUUUAUGUACGAGUAUUAUCAUGACUAAAUGAAUGCCACUUUUCCUUGAUGAGUAAGAAGUAUUACCUACAUGUUAUUAGAAAAACACAAAAUGAAUUUACAGCAUUAACUAUUUUUCUGUUUGUCAGCUUUGAUUUUUCAUUCACCAUGAAUGGGUGAAUGGACUGCAUUUGAGAAAUCUUGUGUAAUACCUAUCUCUCCAUACAUUCACUCUCUUUUUGUCAGUGUUGUUUCUCAUAACUAGGGUGAACACUAAUAUGAGCUAAGUGCAAGUAAAAUAAAUUAUAUUGCUAAUU